GGGACGCGGAGCCGCGGAAGGGGCGGCGCGUCGGGGUCCGCGUCGGGGUCGCGCGUCGGGCGCGCCGUGGCCCCGUCGGGGCGGUGGGAGCUGCGGAGCCGCCAUGGCGGACCUGGAGGCCGUGCUGGCCGACGUCAGCUACCUGAUGGCCAUGGAGAAGAGCAAGGCGGCGCCGGCUGCGCGCGCCAGCAAGAAGGUCGUCCUGCCGGAGCCCAGUAUCCGGAGCGUGAUGCAGAGGUAUCUUGCAGAAAGAAACGAAAUAACCUUUGACAAGAUUUUCAAUCAGAAAAUCGGCUUUCUGCUAUUUAAAGACUUCUGUUUGAAUGAAAUCGACGAAGCCGUGCCCCAGGUGAAGUUUUAUGAAGAGAUAAAAGAGUACGAGAAACUGGACAAUGAGGAGGACCGGCUGCGCCGGAGCCGCCAGAUGUAUGAUGCCUACAUCAUGAGAGAGCUCCUGUCCUGCACACACACAUUCUCCAAACAAGCUGUGGAACAUGUCCAGAGCCAUCUCUCCAAGAAGCAGGUGACAGCCACUCUUUUUCAGCCAUACAUAGAGGAAAUCUGUGAGAGCCUUCGAGGGGAUAUUUUCCAGAAGUUUAUGGAAAGCGAUAAAUUCACCAGAUUCUGUCAGUGGAAGAAUGUGGAAUUAAAUAUUCAUCUGACCAUGAACGACUUCAGCGUGCACAGGAUUAUUGGCCGCGGAGGGUUUGGGGAAGUGUAUGGCUGCAGGAAAGCAGACACCGGGAAAAUGUACGCCAUGAAAUGCUUAGACAAGAAGAGGGUGAAGAUGAAGCAGGGGGAGACCCUGGCCCUGAACGAGAGGAUCAUGCUGUCCCUCGUCAGCACUGGGGACUGUCCCUUCAUUGUCUGCAUGACUUAUGCCUUUCACACACCGGACAAACUCUGCUUCAUCUUGGACCUGAUGAAUGGGGGCGACAUGCACUACCACCUGUCCCAGCACGGGGUGUUUUCUGAGAAGGAGAUGCGCUUUUAUGCCAGCGAGAUCAUCCUGGGUCUCGAGCACAUGCAUACACGCUUCGUUGUCUACAGAGACCUGAAGCCUGCAAACAUCCUCCUGGAUGAACAGGGGCAUGUGAGGAUAUCUGAUCUUGGUCUUGCCUGCGAUUUCUCCAAAAAGAAGCCACACGCCAGUGUGGGCACCCAUGGGUACAUGGCUCCGGAGGUGUUGCAGAAGGGGACACCGUAUGACAGCAGCGCUGACUGGUUCUCCCUGGGUUGUAUGCUCUUCAAGCUCCUGCGGGGCCACAGCCCUUUCAGACAGCACAAAACCAAAGACAAGCACGAGAUAGACCGCAUGACCCUGACAGUGAACGUGCAGCUUCCAGAUGCCUUCUCCCCAGAACUGAGGUCCCUCCUGGAGGGUUUGCUCCAGCGGGAUGUGAGCCAGCGGCUGGGCUGCUGCGGAGGCGGGGCGCAGGAGGUGAAGGAGCACAUCUUCUUCAAGGGCAUCGACUGGCAGCAUGUGUACUUACGGAAGUACCCACCACCCCUAAUCCCUCCUCGGGGAGAAGUCAAUGCUGCAGACGCCUUUGAUAUUGGCUCAUUUGAUGAGGAGGACACCAAAGGCAUUAAGCUCUUGGACUGCGAUCAGGACCUCUAUAAGAACUUCCCACUAGUGAUCUCUGAGCGCUGGCAGCAGGAAGUGGUGGAGACCAUCUACGAUGCCGUCAACGCCGAUACGGAUAAAAUCGAGGCCAGGAAGAGGGCUAAAAAUAAGCAACUUGGUCAGGAGGAAGAUUACGCCCUGGGGAAGGACUGCAUCAUGCAUGGGUUCAUGCUGAAGCUGGGCAACCCCUUUCUCACGCAAUGGCAGAGGCGCUACUUCUACCUGUUCCCUAACAGACUGGAGUGGAGAGGAGAGGGCGAAUCUCGGCAAAAUUUACUGACCAUGGAACAGAUCUUGUCGGUGGAAGAGACCCAGAUUAAAGACAGAAAGUGCAUUUUAUUCCGAAUAAAAGGAGGGAAACAGUUCGUCUUGCAAUGCGAGAGUGACCCCGAGUUUGCACAGUGGCUGAAGGAGCUGACGUGCACCUUUAAUGAGGCCCAGAGGCUGCUGCGCCGUGCCCCCAAGUUCCUCAACAAACCCCGAACCACCAUCCUGGAGCUCUCCAAGCCACCACUGUGCCACAGAAACAGCAGCGGCCUCUAAACCACAGAGCAGCAAGGCCCGCAGGAGGGGCCCCGGCUCUUCAGUCCAGAAGUGGAAUGGAGCCACGGGGAGCCGUGUGGAGCUGAGACACAACGGUUCUGAGCACCGGGCUUCUCCAGGCUGGGGAUGCCCACGACACCAAGGUGGCCUUGCAGGAGUCGGGACAACCUCUGGGCUGGCCUGUCCACAAUUGAAAUUACUGAAGAAGCAGAAGGCAUUUUUCUGCAUACCCACUUACUUUGGUACCCAUGGCCUCAGAACAGGAAAUGACCUUUAUCACUCAAGCGUUAUUGAGCCUGUCUGGGAUGGGACCACAGUGUCUGGGGCUGCAGUAGCCUGUCCUAGGCACCGAUGUAUCUGAGUGCCUGCCUGGAGUUUGGGGGUGUGUGGCUCCAAAUCCUGGAGGAAGCACAGUAGCCUGGGGUCUCUGUAGGUCAGGGAUAACUCCUGCUUGUCCCAGAGGUGAUGAAGUAGCACUGAGUACCACGUACACUGCCUGCCUCUGGUGGCUCUGCUCUAAGGAUGCCAGUCAGAGAGCAGAGGUAGGAAUGUCCCUUUGAGGAAUGGCCACCUUCUGGUCAACAUGACCAGAGGAGAUGCCCCAGGACUUCAGGUCAAGCGGGAUGUAGGUAACCUACCAGGCACGCGCUUGGGGUCUCCAUGAGGGGCAGGUCUAUGACAGAGUCGUGCUCCCUCUGCCAUGCCUGGGAAGCAUAUCCGAGGACAUGCCUAAGGCACAAGAGUAUAAUUUAUAAUGAACUCACACUGAUGGGUGGCAGUGGCCAGCGGUCUCCUGUACGCCCUGGCAUGCCCACAUCCUUCUGUCACUGAUGCACUGUGCAGUGGGUUAUUCUCAUGGGGGCGGCAGUUUGCCCAGCACCCUUCCCGAAAAGUUACUUCCUCCACCGCUGCCCCGAAUAAAUGCUGGGUUCCUGUGUCACCGCACUGAAACAGAAGUCCUUGAAGGGCUCCGCGGACUUGUCAAGCUCCUGGGGGCUGUGUUUCUAGAUGAACUGCUGAGCACGUAAGAACCUGACAUUGAAGUUCUUUGCAUUCUGUCCUAGAUCUGACAGUUCCCAGUGUGUACCGUUGUGUUUCUAUGCUGGGAAAAUAAGUUUUUAUUUAUUUAUUUUUAACAUUGCAAUGAUCUUUUGAGGGUUUGGAAGAUAAUUUACCCGUGACUAUGCAGGUGCGUGGGGGAGUUGUGAGGCUCAAUGCCCAUCUCGUUGCCCGUUCAGGGUUCGAGUCCACAUCCAUGUACCACUGUUCACUGCCUCUAGUGUGGGAAUGUGGCUGCAGCCUAGCACGGGCACCCUGCUUGCUUAAAGAGAAUGGUAUUCAGAUUCUAUUGCACAUAUGCACACUUAGUUAAGUGUUGAUGUUACUGUGUGGGUGUGGCUGGGGUGGGCAGCUCAUACAAGCUCAAGCAGACCUGCAGGGGUGGGAGCUGCAUCUCUGGCCAAUUCAGGGGAUAUACAGUACCCUCUGCCAAUCAGGAGGGUGACUUGACCCCGGCUGACAUUGGGCUAGCCAGACUAAAUUUUGUAUGGGGUUAUAGCUGUACCAAAGGGUUUUAAAGGUGACAGAGGAUCAUGGGUUCCUGUACCUACAUGAUAUUGAGCUACACUCUCACAGACAUCAUGUGUUACUGUCUUGGCUGAGUCAAUUUGAAGACUCUUUUCCCUUUUAGAAAGGAAUUGUGUGUGUGGAGAGGCUCUCCUCAGAGCCCCCGGCCUCAGACUUACUCCAGGUAAACCAUUUUAUCUCCUCAACCCCGUCUCCCUCAUGAGGACACGGCUGAGGGAGGGCAGAUGGCCCUUGCAGUAGGUCCUCAAGAUUCCCGUGACGGUGAUGGGUCCUCAGAGGCCGUCUUUCCACCCAAGCACGCGGUGACGGGGUGGCCUGAGCCCACAGGGUGGAGGGAAAGCCACUGAGUUUUCAAUGCUUGGCUGUUUGAGAGUUUCUGUCACGUUGGUGGGUCCCUGGAUGCCAGAUGCUUCUGUACAUUAACAGAACGAGCCCGUGCCUUCUCCUGGUUCCAGUUUCUGGGGAAGAGUACUUAACACGGUCAGAGACAUUCCAGGAGGUGCUGCUUUAACACAAUUCUGUUCUAAGCAGCCUUGGUUCCAUAAACAAGACUGUUAGAUCACUUUAAAGCAGCCAUGUGACACACGCUAAAUCGAAGCCUUUGGCAAACCCAGUUUAUUUUUAUUUAUUUUUAACCUGAACUACCCUCUUGCUCCUGGGGCUCCAUACUCGUGCCUCCAGAACAUGGUUAAGUGUGAUACUUCGGCAAAGUCUGUAGAAAUUGUCUCACUGUCAAGGUUGACAGGGGAACCUGUCUCACUGUUGACACAGGGGUCUGCACACUGAUGGCUCCAUUGAUUGAUAUUACAAACCGUAAAACCAGCAGCGAGCAGUGUGGGAUGGUGGCUUGCUGGGGAGAGAUGAUAUCCUUUCAAGAAAGAUAGCAUUGGAUAGACUUGAUGCAGCAGGAUCAUGAGCCCAGCCUUGAUUGACAGAGGCAGGAGGCUUAUGAGUUUGAGGCUAGCCUGGGCUACAUAGCAAGGCCUUGCCUGUUGUGCUUUCCUGUCCCUUUAAGGGACAAGCUACGCCCACUGACCUCUUACCUCUGACCUGCUCCUCGCCAUCUUGCCCCUUCUCUCUCUCCCUCUCCCUCUCCCUCUCCCUCUUUCUCUCCCUCUCUCUCCCCUUCAAUAAAUGCUUUUAUGGCUACUUUCUGUGUCCAUGGGUCUGCUCACAACCGCCACGCAUUGGGAAUUCUGCCGCGUGGCUUCCCUCUGCUGCCGCUCGGGUGCCAGACUCUGGAGCCGGCACCCGGCACCACUGGGGACCCGCUGGAGCUUGCUGCUCCGUGAGCCCGCCGGGUGGGGGGAACCCCAAUAUUUUAGGAAUAAGAUUGCCUUCAGAACACCAAGGGCUUUGGCAGUAGCUUUGGGGUCACACUCUUGCCUCUCAUGUUCAUGGUUCUGGGUUUAAUCUCCAGUGGGGGUGGAGGGUGGACAGCCAACUGUUAGCCACCAAUAAGACUUAGCCCGAGUAACCUCUUGUCCUUAGCCAUGUGCAGCUAUUCUGAGGCCCCACUAGCCAUGACUGUUCACCAGUGGUCAGUGUGGCAAAGGGUCAGAGCUCCCCAGGACAGGAGCAGGUCUGUUUCAUAUUCCUGAGAGGCCAGUGGAACCUGUGGUGGGCUCAGGGCAGGCGGAGAAGGUUUGCUUGGUCAGCUGAUGGAAACCAGACCCUGGGCAUGAAAAGGCACCAAGGAAGAAAGGAUGGACACUAGUGGGAGGCCCCCUGGGAAUUCCCAAGCGAUGAGUUCCCGAGGCCGAGUUGCUCCCCUCAUGAAGGUGUCACGGGUUGUUCCCUGGACAUUCCCAGGAAGGUCCCUCAUCGGCGGAAUAUCCCUGGACGCUGAGUCUGUCACCCGACACUGUGUGCUGUGUAGCCCGGGCAGAGAGAGACAGUGUCCGGGUCACUGCUACUGAAUGUGCUGCCGGGGUCGGGGGCAGUGUCCCAGGAUGACGCCAUGGCCUCUCUGCGUGUUUAACUCCAUUUCCACUUUGAACUUUGACAAAUUAAACAAAACAAAACAAAAAAAAGCAUAAAACAAAAUUUCUUUUCCCGAGUGAGGUUGACCUGAAAGUUGCUCGCAUUUGUGUUAGCAGGAUUGUUUUGCUUUAUUCAGGCCUCAUUCUCAUCUGCUUGUCUGUUGCUCUGGAGUGAAGAGCUGAACUGUAAGCCGCCUCUCCUCAGUUGUGAUACACCUUGAGGUUUUCCUUGUUGAUUCGCUUUUGUUCACUUAAAUAAGAGAGAACUGAGCACAGCGUCUCAGAUCCCACAGCCUUAGUAUUCAGGACACCGAGACAGGAAGCUGACAAGUCCCAGGACAGUCUUAGAACUAAGUAACUAACAGAAUCAGAGUUGUUGCUUUCUGACCCAGAACAAGUGUGAGCACUCUGCCAGCAGCGGGGAGGUGCUGUGUCCUGAGAUGUGGCAUGGAAAGUGCAUUCAAAGUGUGGGCUGUCAUGAAGAACAAAGACCUUCUCAUAGUUAGAACCCGUGGCAUAGAGCGAGGUCCCCAGCGGGGUCCUUUCUGAAACAAGUACCUAGCUUCCUUCCCUUUUUGUUGGACCUAGAGAUAAAAUGUCUUUGAAGGUGGGGUGGGGAUGGAGCCAUCAUUCCAGUCGUCAACUGUGAUUUGUCCGUUUGUUUAUUUCGUUGGUUGUUUACCCGCUCUUGGUUGUACGUAUUGCAUGUGGUUUAUAAACUCAACACUGGCCUUUUUUUUUUUUAGUUCUGUUAUUAAAUUAUAUUUUUCUAUGUUCUAGGUAAUAGCAGACCUGGCUUUUUCUGGGUAACAGAGAUGGAUGGACCUGUAACUAUGAGACAAGAGUUCUAUUUUAGCACAAAAAGCAUUUUAUAUUAUUUAUUGAAUCCGUAUGUGUGUUCCCAUGGAAACCAUCUGUAUUUUACUGCUCCUUGUGAUCUGUAUAGUUUGUUAUUUAAAGAGAGAUGGCAGCCUUUUGUGUUGUUGAAACAAUAAAACUGAGCUCCGACGAGCAGCAGCGUGA